AUGCUUAACGAUGGAGAGAAGAAGUGGAAAGUCAAUGUUCCUGGUUAUCGAUCAAAGAAAACGGAAGGCGUAACUGAGUGCCGCGACAUCCGAGAAGCUUUCGUUCCCCUAACUAAGCUCUACUUCGACGGUAUCGAUAUGGAUAUCCUCUUCGCGCAGCUUGCCAACAACAACAAAGUGCAAGAAGACCAGGAUCUGCGGUUGCCGCGUUACUGA